CGUUGGAGAUGCCCUGAUUCCACGGUCGCUGCGAACCGGUCUCAGUUAUCGGCCAAAUCAUCCCCUUCCUCGUGUUACAUCUCGACGAAUUAUUUUCCUGAACCUAAUUAUUCGCGGCGCUCGGUCCCACUUCGCGGCAGAAGAACACCGCCGCCGCCGCCGUCACAGGAAUUCCUUGCCAUGGAGGGCGUUGGCGCGCGGUUAGGGCGCUCGUCGGCCCGUUACGGCCCCGCGAUGACGUUCACCGGGCCCGUUAGGAAGUGGCGGAAGGAAUGGGUCACCAUCUCCGCCGCCACGGCCACGGCCACCUCCGCCGCGGCCUCCUCCACCGGGACUGGAUCUCGUGGAAAUAACCUCAUCCUGUUCAAGUGGACCCCGCUGAACGGCGCCAACGAAGGAGAUGAGGAGCAGACGGCACCGGCGAAGACGGCCACGAGAAGGCGGCGGUACGUGCCGGUUUCUGUAGUUCAAGAUCAAAGGCAAGAAUCUGCCAAAUCUGAUGAUGAGAACAAGGCUAAUGAUGGAGAACCUUCAUCUACGGAAACUGAGCAGUCUAUUGGGAAAACUAAUAUGGAUGAUAUACUUAUGGAUGAGUCCCAGGCAUCAGAUGAGGUUCGAGAUUCUGGAAAUUUCGUUGGUGGAACCGAUCUAAAUCUGAACUUAGGUCCGAAAGACCCCGACGGUGAAGAUGAAGGUGAUACAGGGAAGCAACACGAGGCUCGAACAGAACACAGAUUGAAGAGGAAAUCUGUUACCCCUGACCUCGAGAUGAGAAUGUAACAGGCGGCUUCAUUUAUUCCUUGGGUUCUUUAUUAUUACAGUUUCCUUUUUGGGCCAUUUAUGUAAUUUUCUUGACAUACUGUAUACGUGGAGAGACAAGUGAACACAAUCACAACUGCAUAGUGAAACGCCUGCGUUGUGUUGCCAAAUAACGUUAAUGAAACUUUUCUUUCGUUUCGCAAA